AUGUUCAGGGAACACGGGGAUAAUCUCCAGAGUGGAUUUACUGCAGACAUGGCAGUGGGGCCGGGCCGGCCCGGCCCGGCCAGGCCCGGCCCGGCCCUUUCGGGCCGGGCCGGGCCGGGCUUUGGAAAUUUUGAAAAGGGCCGGGCCGGGCCCAACGUCUCGGGGGCCGGGCCGUGGGGCCUGGGUUUGGUUUUCGGGCCGGGCCGUGGGGCCUGA